UACUGGGGUCAAUACGCCUGCGACGGCGUCGGGAACAGCAGCCUCAAGAUCCUGGCCAAGCUGCUCUUCUCCAUCAGCUUCCUCGUCUUCCUGCUGAUGCUGAUCCUGCUGGGGAAGGGGUUCACGGUCACCAGGGGUCGGAUCAGCCACACGGGCUCCAUCAAGCUGUCGGUGUACAUGACGCUCUACACCAUCACCCAUGUGGUCCUUUUCAUCUACGAGGCCGAGUUCUUCGACCCGGCGCAGGUGCUGUACACGUAUGAGUCGCCGGCCGGCUACGGGCUGAUCGCACUGCAGUUCCUGGCCUACGUGUGGUUCUGCUACGCUGUGCUCACCACCCUCAAGCAGUGCCCCGAGAAACAGCCCUUCUACGUCCCCUUCUUCGCAGCUUACACCCUCUGGUUCUUUGCGGUGCCGGUCACGGCGCUCAUCGCCAACUUCGGCAUCCCCCGCUGGGCCCGCGAGAAAAUCGUCAACGGGAUCCAGCUGGGCAUUCACCUGUACGCGCACGCCGUGUUCCUGAUCAUGACGCGCCCAUCGGCGGCCAACAAGAACUUCCCGUACCACGUGCGCACCUCGCAGAUCGGCAUCGUGGAGGAGGGGGCGCCUGGCACCAAGUUCCCCCACCACGUCUACGGCAACGUGACCUUCAUCAGCGACUCCGUCCCCAACUUCACCGAGCUCUUCUCCAUCCCGCAGGGCCCGGUGCGGGGCGCCACCAACGCGCGUAAGCAGGUGGAGGAGACGCCGGCUGAGCGGAGCACGACCCCGAGCUGUGUGGUGACGACGUCAGAGCUGAGCAGGCCCCACGUGCUGCUGAAACCCCCCCCGGGGGGCGAGAGCCAGCCCCCCCCGUACCAGCUACAGGCCCCCCAGCUGCACCCCCCCAACGGCUACACCGAGUACUUCAGCAUGCACACGGGGGGCGCACGGCCCGUCUAGGGGCCCAUCCCCCAUAGUCUGCCCCCAGCCCCCCCCAUGCAGACCAAGGGGGCCGGACCCCUACAUGUAACCCCUUCCUCCCGCGUAGUUCCUUCACGCCUCCUUCAUGGCCCCCAGCCUCCUGCCCCAGUGCCCCAUGGGGGGCCCCCCAGCACGGCUGCCCCCGGCCUGCACUGACUGGGCUGGAGUGGGGGGUGAAUGGCCUCCCAUGUGAGCGGCCCAGCUCCCCUUCACCCCCCAGUGCGGGAGGCUGGGGCUGAAUGAACAUGGGGAUUGACCCCCCAGCAGGGCUAGGAGCCCCCCGCCCCGCCCCGCCAUCAGCAUGGGCUGGGG